UUUGUCUGUCAUUUUUGUUUUGUUUAAGUUUUCACAGUGAAUAUCUCUAUAAUUUUUAAUAUUAUUCUCAGUGUUCUAGGAAGAAUUAAAAAGAUUUUCUUAACUCUUUCUUAUAAAAUAUUUGUUUUAUAAGUAUAAUCUAUAAUAAAAAUUUAAAUUAUCGAUUUUAUGAAAUAUCGGUUACAGUGCUGAGUCAAGUCGCAUUUUAGUGCUCUUGUUUAUAUAUUUGGAAAUAAGUUUUACCUUAUUUUUCCAUGAUGGACGAAGAACUGGGUGGGCUCAAUGAAGACGAUUACGUUUUACCGCCUGUUAAAUAUGAAUAUUUGGACCAUACAGCAGAUGUGCAAUUACAUGCUUGGGGUGACACAUUGCAGGAGGCUUUUGAGCAGUGUGGCAUGGCCAUGUUUGGAUACAUGACUGAAAUGGAUUAUGUACAGAUAAAAGAGGUCCACACCAUUGAAGCUAAUGCUGAUGAUUUAAUGGGCCUCCUGUACCAUUUUCUUGAUGAAUUACUCUUUCUGUUUUCCGUCGAACCGUUUUUGAUAUGUAAGAAACUUGUCAUUACAGAGUUUAACACAGAGGAGUUUAGAAUAGUAUGCAAGUGCUUCGGUGAGGAGUUCCAGAUAGGUAAACAUCCUCAGGGCGCUGAGGUGAAAGCGAUCACAUAUUCUGCCAUGCAAAUUAUAGAUCAACCUAAGAAUAAUAAGUAUGAGGUUUUUGUUAUAAUUGAUAUUUGAAUACAACUGUUUUAUAUUA